UUCCUUCAUUGGAUAUAUGCUUUCCAGUGUUACCUCUGUCUUCGCCUGACAGAGACACACGACGGACGUUAGCAGCGAACGGGGCACGGGAAGAUGUUCUGUUGGGGAGAUGGUCUGGCCGCCCAACUACCCCUGUUGGACAGCGGGGGGCACGGACCGCGAGAGAUCGAACAUCUGCGGGACCGGCCGGUCAAGGAGGUCUCAUGCGGGGCAAAGCACUCGGUGUUCCUGCUGACAGACGGCACCGUGUACACCUGUGGCCAGAACGAAAGCGGGCAGCUCGGUAGGAAAACGGACCAAUCUGCCUUGGAUCAGAUCGAUUCUCUGACUACAAUAACUAUUGUCAAUGUGGCCUGUGGAAAGGACCAUACAUUGGCUCUUGGUGAAAAUGGAUCUGUCUUUGCCUGGGGUGCUGGAUCCUAUGGUCAGCUGGGGAGAGAGGACUAUCCAAUCUGUGCUCAUCAUCCAAGGAAAGUGAAAUUUGAAGUUCCUAUUGCACAGAUUAGAUGUGGCCACUACCACUCACUGGCUCUUUCUCAAGAUGGCACAGUCUAUUCCUGGGGACUGAACACUUACGGUCAACUGGGAAAUGGAAAAGACUUGGAAAAGCAGAGCCGUCCACAGAGAGUGAGAAGUCUGACUGGGAUACCUGUAGCUCUGAUCGCUGCAGGGGGAAGCCACAGCUUUGCCCUGUCUCUAUCAGGGGCAGUGUAUGGGUGGGGAAGGAAUGAACAUGGCCAGCUGGGGCUCAAGGACAAGGCAGAUCGAGAAAUCCCAUAUUCUGUGGAUCAGCUGAGGAGGCUCAAUGUUGCCUAUAUCUCUUGUGGCAGCCAUCAUUCUGUUGUUCUAACUAAGGAUGGUGCUGUAUUCACGUGUGGAGAUGGGAGCUCCGGGCAACUAGGCCUGGGAAGGAAGGGCAAUGUGACUUCUUUUCAAAGGGUAGAGCAAAUCAAGGAUGAAGUUUCCCAGGUUGCUUGUGGGAGUGAUCACACGCUCGCCUACAUCCCCUGUUCUGAUCUCGUUGUCUCCUUUGGCCUUGGAAACAAGGGAAAAACAGAGAAAGAUUCAUCAAGAAACCAAAUUCAUCAAGAGUCCCAACAUGCCAAAGUUAACAAGAUCUUUGCAGGACCAAACAUUAAUUUUAUUCAGACUAAGCUUCCAAUACCUGCAGCUGACCUUCCAAUACCUGCAGCUGACCUUCGCUGCAGAGACAGUAAAGAGCAGAUGCUCAUACUUGAUGCAACCAUUGCUGAGAGAUGGAUCAACGUUGAUGAGUACGACAAUGAAGAAAGAAUUCAUGCAAAAAGGGAAAUUGGUUUAAUAUUUUCAUCCUCGUCCUGCCUGGUUGGGAGUUUCCUCAAGAAAAGUGAAGGAGAUCUGUGCAAAACAGGACACAACCUUGUGAGUGUUGAUGUGGAAGCAGCCAGAGAAAUAUUUAAGAAGCUUACUGCAAAAGACUGGAUUCUCGAAGUGAUAAAAUCAAGCCUGACAUCAAAAUUAAUUCAACAUCUUGAGAGGUUGGGCUCUGAUGAAGAAGCAUUGAUGAUUUACUUAAUUCUGCCAGAAUGCCAAGUAAUGCAAAAGGACAGAGAUAUAGUUCAUGGCUUUGUAAGAGCCAUGGCACAUCUGGAUGCGACCUCAAAGAAAACAUUGGGAGAACACUGGUCAACCCUGGAGUCAUCUUAUCUGAACACUAUGGUCAAGAUAAUUAAGACUUUUUUGACCCGGAAGAUAAUAGAUCUCUUUCAUUUAUGUCAACAACUCCAUCCACAACUUACUCAACAACUCCAUCCAUCAUUUACUCACCGGUUUAAUGAUCAACAAACUGAAUUAAAAAAUGUUCUGGAUGUACUGGAACUAGUCUACAAAGCAAAUAUGAAGUUAAAACAUAGUAUUCCACUGAGUAAUUUCUACAUCAGUGAACUUCGCCUGUUUCGAUUUGACAUAAUCCUCACAUACAGAGCAGAACAAUUGAUCAAUAUUACCCUGAUGUUUCUCUCCUACCCAUUUGUCCUUGAUUUGUUAUACAAGGCUCAGUUACUUUACAUGGAUUCAGAAUUGAAGAUGAAGAAAGCAGCUUUUGAUGCUUUUCACUUCAUAUUACGGAACUCACUCGCAGGAAGCCCAGAACCUCCCAGAAAUACCUGGUUCAUAUUAAAGGUUAAUCGCCAGAGCUUGGUUGCUGAUACCUUUGAGAUAUUGAAGAAUGUGAAUAAGGCAGAACUGCAGAAGCCACUUCUGGUGGAAUUUAAAGGUGAGCCUGGUGUUAAUUUGGAAGCUAUCAAGAAGGAAUUCUUCGUGUCUGUAUUUCAAAGGCUGGUUCAUCCAGAUUCAAAAAUGUUUAUUCAUCUUCAGGGCUUGAGAUCUAUUUGGCUUCCUUCUCAGGUCUCAUUGCCAAUUCAAGACUACUUCCUACUUGGAGUAUUGUGCAGUCUUGUUCUGUAUAAUAUGUGUGUGAUCUCUAUCCCUUUGCCACUCGCACUGUUUAAGAAGCUACUGAACAUCAAGCCGACUUUGGAAGAUGUGUUAGAAGUGGAGCGAAGUUUGCAUAAAACCCUGCAAAGCAUUUUAAACUGCGACAAGGUUGAAGAUCUAGAAUUGUACUGUACGAUGCCUUGGGAAGGACGGGAUGUUGAUGUCAUUCCAAAUGGCAGAAACCAACCUUUGACCAACAAGAACAGGGAGAAAUUUGUAGAAGCCUGCUUGAAUUAUAUAUUCAAAACUUCAAUCAAGAAACCCUUUGACGAAUUUAGAAGAGGAUUCUACCACGUUUUGGAUGAAAAAUUGAUAAAAUUAUUCCAACCUGAAGAGCUGAAGGACAUGUUGAUUGGAAGCAUUGAAUAUGACUGGCAAAUACUGGAAGAGAAUACCAGCUAUAAGGGAACCUAUCACAGAACACACCCAACCAUCAAGAUAUUCUGGGAGGUUUUUCAUCAGAUGGUUCUUGAUGAGAAAAAACUCUUUCUAUCAUUUGUCACAGGAUCUCCUCAAAUUCCAGUGAUGGGAUUGAAGUGCAUAGAGAUAAUUAUUUCCUCAUGUGAGUUGACUGAAAAUGAUUAUCCAGAGGCAAUGAAUUGCUAUAACACCCUGUAUCUUCCAGAGUACACCAGUUCAGAAUCUCUUCGAACAAAACUGGUGGCAGCUAUCAAUACAUUUCCAAAAGCAUGAAGCUCAUCAGCAAAGGAAAUUUCACCUUUUAAUGGAACAGAUGGAUCUGGCCUGGAUAAACUAAAGCAGGUCAUCCUUGUUUCCAGGUGAAACAAGCUAACUGUCAAAAAUUUUAUUCAGCUCUCCAACAUUAUAGGUGCAGCUGAACUUCCUGACGUCCUCCUCGUUUUUUCCAGUUCAUUUUUGUGAUGUGUAAAAAAAACAGCUGGAUGAAAAAUUAAAAGAUGAAGAUUUUCUAUUCUUUUGUAUUUUGCAAACUGUGUUUCAAUGGAAAAGAAUUUGAAAUUAAUGUAAAAUUCCCUCUGUCUCCAAUCCAUAACGAUACAGUAUGAAGAUAUUUGGUCCAUCGUGUCUGUAGCUGGACGCUGAAGACAAUUCCAUUUGUCCCAUUAUCCCUCAUUUCCCUGUACCCCUAGAGCUUAUCCUCUCUCACACAUGGUCACUCCAUUGACUCUUUAUGUCAUUAACAUACAGUAAGUUACUGUAGCUAAUUUACCUAUUAGUGUAUCAUCGAGAUAUAGAUCAAAAUUACCACAGGCUAAAUAAAAUUAUGUGAAAUUUGUUCUUUUAUGGGAGGAUUGCAGCGCAGAGGCGUAAAAUUAUAAUAAAUUACAAAACUAAAUUGAGCAAAAGGGAGAAAUAAUGAAGUGGUGGUCAUGGAUUGAUGGACUGUUCAGGAAUCUGAUGGCAGAAGAAAGAAGCUGUUUCUGAAUCAUUGACUAUGAUUCCCAGGCCUCUGUACCUCCUACCUAAUGGUAGUAUUGAGAAGAGGCUACUUCCCAGAUGCUGAGGGUCCUUAGUGGUGGAUGCAGCCUUUCUGAAGCACCAUCUCUUGAAGAUCUGGGUGAAAGCCACUACAUUUAUGUACCGUAUUAAAGAAAUUGUGGUACUGCCUUACCU